AUGUCUCCCGCCCGCAAAGCCCUCAUCAGCAUUACCUCCGCGCAAGCGACCCUCUUCCAAGGCAAAGAAACAACAGGCCUCUUCAUCAGCGAAGCCCUGCACCCCUACAACGUCCUGGUAGCCGCAGGAUUCGAAGUGGAUCUCGCCUCCGAAACAGGAAGCUACACGGCAGACUGGCUCUCCCAGCAACCGGACUUCCUGAACGGCGACGACCUCGCCACCUGGAACGAUGUCAACAGCGAGUUCCGCCAGAAGCUGGACAACAUGCCCAAGGCGUCUGAGGUCGACGGGUCCCAGUAUGGUGUUUUCUAUGCCUCGGCUGGCCAUGCCGCUUUGAUCGACUAUCCCACUGCUAGCUCUUUGCAGAAGAUUGCUGAGCAGGUCUGGGCUAAUGGCGGUGUUGUUGCUUCUGUUUGUCAUGGUCCUGCUAUUUUUGCGAAUAUUCUUGAUACUGCUACUGGGGAGCCGAUUAUCAAAGGACGCACCAUUACCGGGUUCACUACUGAGGCGGAGAAUACGAUGGGUAUUAUGAGCGAUUUGCGCAGCUGGGGUGGUGAAAUGGUUGAGGAGCUUGCUGUCAGGCUUGGUGCGAAGUACGAGCGCUCUGCGGGAAUUUGGGAUGACUUCCAUGUCGUUGAUGGCCGUCUAGUUACUGGCCAGAAUCCUGCCAGUGCUGGAUCAACUGCUAAGGCUGUGGUUGAAGUUUUUGAGACACUCUGA